AUGUCAUACGUCUUAACUGAAACCUCGGCUGGUUAUGCUCUUUUGAAGGCAUCCGAUAAGAAAAUUUACAAGUCUUCUUCUUUGAUUCAAGAUCUAGAUACUUCCGAUAAAGUCUUGAAAGAAUUUAAGAUUGCAGCUUUUUCCAAAUUCAGCUCUGCUGCUAAUGCCUUAGAAGAAUCAAACUCUAUCAUUGAAGGUAAAGUGUCCCCACAAUUAGAAAAACUUUUAGAAGAAAUUAAGAAGGAUAAGAAAUCAACUUUGAUUGUUAGUGAAACUAAAUUAGCCAAUUCCAUCAACAAGUUAGGCUUAAACUUUAAUGUUGUUUCUGAUGCAGUCACUUUAGAUAUUUACAGAGCUGUCAAAGAAUAUCUACCUGAAUUAUUACCAGGUUUGAAUGAUUCUGAUUUAAAUAAAAUGUCCCUAGGUUUAGCACAUUCUAUUGGUCGUCAUAAAUUGAAAUUCUCAGCUGACAAAGUCGAUGUUAUGAUUAUCCAAGCUAUCGCCUUAUUAGAUGAUUUAGAUAAAGAAUUAAAUACCUACGCCAUGAGAUGUAAGGAAUGGUACGGGUGGCAUUUCCCUGAACUAGCUAAGAUUGUUACAGACUCUGUCGCUUACGCUAGACUUAUCUUGACCAUGGGUGUCAGAUCAAAAGCUUCUGAAACUGAUAUGAGUGAAAUUUUACCAGAAGAAAUUGAAGAACGUGUUAAGACUGCCGCUGAAGUUUCCAUGGGUACUGAAAUUACUCAAAUCGAUUUAGAUAACAUUAAAUGUUUAGCUGAUCAAAUUGUUGAAUUUGCUGCUUACAGAGAACAAUUAUCUAACUACUUAUCUGCUAGAAUGAAGGCUAUUGCUCCAAACUUGACUCAAUUAGUUGGUGAAUUAGUUGGUGCUAGAUUAAUAGCUCAUUCUGGUUCUUUAAUCUCUUUGGCUAAAUCUCCAGCCUCCACUAUUCAAAUCUUAGGUGCUGAAAAAGCAUUGUUCAGAGCUUUAAAGACAAAACAUGAUACCCCAAAAUACGGUCUUCUAUAUCACGCUUCUUUAGUUGGUCAAGCUACUGGUAAGAACAAGGGUAAGAUUGCUAGAGUUUUAGCUGCUAAAGCUGCUGUUUCUUUACGUUAUGAUGCCCUUGCUGAAGAUAGAGAUGACUCUGGUGACAUUGGUCUUGAAGCUAGAGCUAAGGUUGAAAACAGGUUGUCACAAUUAGAAGGAAGAGAUUUAAGGACUACACCAAAGGUUGUUCGUGAAGCUAAGAAGGUUGAAAUCACUGAAGCCCAAGCUUAUAAUGCUGAUGCCGAUACUGUUGCCGAACCAGCUGCUUCUAAGUCUGAAUCUGGUUCGGAUUCCGAUUCUGACUCUGACGAUGAAGAAGAAGAAAAGAAAGAAAAGAAAGAUAAGAAAGAUAAGAAAGAAAAGAAGGAUAAGAAAGACAAGAAAGACAAGAAAAGAAAGAGAGAUGAAGAAGAAGUAGAAUCUAAAGAAUCUAAGAAAUCCAAGAAAGAUAAGAAAGAAAAGAAAGACAAAAAGGAUAAGAAAGAAAAGAAAUCCAAGAAGGAAAAGAAGGAAAAGAAAUAA